AUGUCUCUUCGUAAUAUUUCUUCAACAUUUCAUAAGUCUCGAUUAGGGCUUCAUCAGAUCUUACCAACUUUUACCAACUCAAACCCUUUUUUCAACCAUCAUUUUAUUAGUAUUCGGAAUAAUACUUUAGAUCAUUCCACCGAUGGUUUAUUCCCCCUGCACUUUCGCUUUCGGAAAAAUUUUCUUAGGAUCGUAUUUUCACAAUCGACAUGCUGGAAUAUCGUUCCAUACCGAAGUUACGUUGGCAGAGCGCAAACGACCAUCAAAGACUUGAUGAAAAGUAAGAUAUCCUUAGGUCCAAUGAAUUCAAAAAAUGCCAUAGAAAGAAUAAGACAAAAAAAGAUAAAGCUUGAGCGAAAGGAAGCUAGUCAGAGAAAAAGAAACGCCCCGAUAAAAAAGAAUGCUGCCAGCCUUGCACAGAGAUUAAAAGCAAAACUACAGAAUGAUAAUGAUGUCAACAUUUCCACCACUCCUGAUACACUUUUGGAAAGUGACAUCGCUCGAAGUAGUGUCACGACCACAAUAGAUGAGAAUAUGAUGAGUAAAACGAGUAGUGGCACGCAACGACAAAAGAUUCGAAGAACCAUUAAUAAAUUUAACCAAAUGUCUUCGGCUGAUGUUAGAUUCGUGGAUAAAGAGGAUAAUGGAGAAAAAGAUGUCAAGAUCACUCUUGAAAGUUUGCUGGAGGGAAAUCUUGAGAAUGAUUCCAAAGCAAUCAAUAAGAAAAGCAAAUAUGGACAUAAAUCGAUUGAGAAAUCAGGUACUAGGAAUGUGGGUGCUGGAUCUGGGACAGGUAACAUUGAUCUAAAUAUCGAGCAUAGCGUUAAGUUUGGUAAGACGGAGGCAACGCGAGAUAAGGCAAGAUUAAUUUCGUUUACUCUAAGCGUAAACAAUUCCAAUGAUCACAAUAAUGAAACUUUACUGGAUUCCGACGAGCAACCGAAAUCGAGUCCUACAUAUAAAGAACAAAUACGAAAUCAGCAAAUAUUGCAACGUUCAUCAAAAUUAAGUAAACGAAUGUUUCUAUUAGAACUCAUAAAUAAAAGAGCUCUACCACGCGAGCGCAAGCAACCCAAAGACACUCGAAUAAAGCAGAUAGAUCGAGAAAAUUUAUUUACGACUUUGGAGUCACUGCCAAAAAAUUAUGAUCCCGAUUGGAGAGCAAAAACUAUGCCAGGAUGGUUGAAACAUAAAUAUGCUAUUAUGGAAAGGACAGGAUUUGGAAAAUGGGAUCCAAAGAAAAAAGUGCCACGAGAAGUCAUGGAAAAAAUCAGAGCUCUACACGAACAGGCGCCAGAAGAAAAUAAUUCGAAGACCCUAUCGCAACAAUUUAAAAUAUCACCCGAAGCCGUUCGCCGUAUACUCAAAUCAAAGUGGAUACCGGAUUCGAUGAAGUUAGAAAGGCAAAAGCGGAAAUUCGAAGAGAAGUUUGCGAAAAUUAAAGCCGAGAGGAAGUUGAAUCGGAAGGAAUCCCCAAAAACGGGUUAA